CACAGAUGCCCUACUGGGUAUGAUACAUUUGGACCAACUUGCUGUGCGUCAAGAGUUCAUAUUCAGGUGUCCAUAAGCGAGCUGUUGGGAUGGUUGCAUGCCAUUUAUUUUAUUGAGCGUCACCACACAAUAUGGAUUUUACAACAUAAAACAUUACAUAUUUGGAAAUAUGUACUUGAAUUUGAAUAGACUUUGCUGAAGUUCGGAAAAUUAAAAAGGAAGAUCGUUCUGCACUUUGGAGAGCCUUUUUUUAUUUUUUUAUUUUUAGCGAAAACCAUGAACGAUACGAGUUAUUUCCCUUCACACAAUGUGUCUGAAAAGUCAGCUGCAGCCAUGGCUGUACCUGUGUUAAUGUUCGCUGGGGGGGUGAUAGGAAAUAUAACGGCAAUAGCAGCUCUUUCUGGAUCUAACCAAGGGCGCAAAUCGUCUGCCUUCUUCGCCUUAGUUUGCGGUUUGGCUGUCACGGAUCUUCUUGGGACAUGCCUGGCCAGCCCAAUCACUAUAGCAACUUACCUCGAUAGAAAUGUGCUGGAUGACCGUAAUCUUUGUGAAUUCCAUUCCUUUUUGUUGCUGUUCUUUGGAGUGGCUGGACUAAGUAUUAUAUUCGCGAUGUCUGGAGAGCGCUACCUCGCUAUUUGCUGCCCUUACACAUACCAAAGGUGUGGAAUUGACAAGUAUUUCGCUCGCAAGUGUUUGUUUUGUAUUUAUUUUAGCAACAUUGUGUUUUGCUGUCUACCGGUGAUGGGCAUGUCUGAAAGCACGUGUCAACCCUCCCAAACCUGGUGUUUCAUCAACUGGAGGGCUAAUGAGCUCUUGCCGGCCGCAUAUUCGUUUUUAUAUGCCAGUGUGAGUUUUCUGCUGAUAUUGAUGACGAUAAUCCUCAACUUUGCAGUUUGUGGCACACUAUUGAUAAUGCGCCGCAGGAAAGUCCAAAAUCCCGUUACACGAGGCAGCACACGGGCGCGUUGGACUGCGCUUUCCUCGGACGUAGAAGCGCAAAUGAUGACUGUGCUCAUGGUGACCUCGGUUGUGGUGUUAGGUUGCUCCGCGCCGCUAGUGGUACGCGUAUUUGCUAACCAGAUAACACAGAAAGAGAAUUCCCAAGCAGAUCUGGCGGCUAUUCGGAUUGCCGCGGUCAACGCCAUCCUUGACCCUUGGAUCUACAUCCUCCUGAGAAGGACUUUGUUCCGUAAGGUUCGGAAAUUCUCCAAACGUGUUUACAGCAGUCGAAAAAGCAAGACGCCUUGUUCUCAGUCAGAUCAUCACCAAGGACUUGCCGCUACCAAGGGGACAUUACAAGCAGCCAUGCAUUCACAAGCUGGCAGCAGCCCAAGCAGCUCUUCACUGUCCGGCAGGAAGGCCCAGUGUCCAGCGUGUUCGAUCGAUUUCAUUGACGAUUGAUAAUUUGCUGCAAUCUCAGACAUUCACGAGUACUACAGUAACAAUAAAUAUUGCGUUGUGCAUUUUUAAAUUGUAUAUAACCCCAUGCGCCAUAAAUAUUGUUAACAAAUUCACUCUUUCCAAGUCAUAUGUUAGGAGUGUCCAUGAGCUGAGAGGUUUGAAUAACGGUUUUGCUUUAGCGUAUGGUCCGUUACUUGGUUAAACAAAGCCCCUGUUUAGAAACACUGUAGAGUAGACCCCUCAUGGGUAAUGGCGCAAAUGUAGAUAAUA